AUGUGCAGGUGUGUCGCCUGUUUUGUGAGCGGGUUCUACCGAUGGGGAGCCACUAUAGCUAAUAUACGGAAGUUCUGGCCGCGCAAGAAGAUUCUCGUUUACAAUUUGGGCUUGAACCAGGGUUCAGUAGAAAAAUUGGAAAAGAAGUGUCUAGUGGAAGUGCGCGGCUUUCCAUUUUCCAGCUAUCCAUCUCAUGUGGCAAAUUUGAACGAAUACAGAUGGAAACCUCUCAUAAUUGCUUCGGGAUACGUUCUACAAACGCCAUCUGGUCACAGCAUUUUCGCUACUACUGACCCUGGCGUUUACAAAUAUUUUCCAACAGUAUUUGAUAAUCUGAAGAGCACUUCGUGCGAGAAUUACGACGCUAACUUUGCGUUCAUUGUAAGGACAAAGGACACGGUCGAUAUUUUGAGAUGGUUGGUACUGUGUGCUCUAGAAAGAGACUGUAUGGCACCGCCAGGGUCACAGCUUGUCUGCAAAUUUGGCAACGAUCGCUACACGCGAUAUGCUGGAUGUCAUAGGUAUGACCAAUCUGUGAUCAAUCUUCUGCUCGCCAAUUCAUAUGGGUACAAUCCCAGGAACUACGUCAGCCGCUUCGGAGCUAAAGGAGUGAAAAUUGAGAAGAUAUGCCUCAUACUCAUUAACUGCUAA